UGAAUCCGAAACGCUGAUUGGCGUUUCCAAUUUUUUUCAUUAUUUUCUUUACAAAAUGAGACUUAAGUUUGACUUCUUGCAUGCUAUUGUUUAGUAAAUUGGGUUUUAUUGUUGUGAUACUGUUUAUCAAUUAUGACUGAAAAUGGGCGUGAAAAGUGCCUGAAUUUGUGCUAAUGGAUUCCUAGGUCUGUUUAAUUUUGUUUAGUGAUUACAAGGGCAGUCUUGACUAGUAGGUGUGAACUGAUAAGGUGUGAACUUUGGAAGAUAUUGGAAUUAGUUGAGUGUAUAGAUGGUUGUAGUAAAGGAUUGUUGUACAGAUAAAAACGGUGACAGCAGUGGGCGCUUCGUUAAUGAUGCGAGCGCGCGGGGCGCGGGGGGACGCUGACCGAAGCGUGCCACACACACAUGACCAGCCACGCACACAACAUGUUCACCAGGUUCGACCAAGGCAAAUCAACAAAAGGCGCGAGCAAGCUCCGACGCGACCUGAUCAACGCAGAGAUCGCCAACCUGCGCGACCUGCUGCCGCUGCCGCCCUCCACCCGCCAGCGCCUAUCGCAGCUGCAGCUCAUGGCUCUUGUCUGCGUCUAUGUAAGGAAGUCCAACUACUUUCAACAAGUUUUCAAACGCUUCGACAUCAAUCAACAACAACCUCCAGCCCCCAACUUCGGUUUUUCUAAAGCUCUUAACGGUUUCCUGAUGAUGAUGACGCAGAACGGGAAACUACUCUACAUAUCCGACAACGCAGCAGAAUACCUUGGACAUUCGAUGGAAGACCUGUUAAUCCACGGGGACAGUGUGUACGACGUGAUCGACAAGCAAGACCAGCAGGCGGUGCGAAGCGAGCUGUCUCGUGCGCCAGCGGACGGCGAGGACAGAGUGUUCCUCUGCCGAAUGAAUGUGGCCAGAAACGCGAGGAGGCAGAUGCGAUUUGGUGACCAGAAGUUUCCUGAUGAUGAUGACGGUGAACGGAAACUACUCUACAUAUCCGACAACGCAGCAGAAUACCUUGGACAUUCGAUGGAAGACCUGUUAAUCCACGGGGACAGUGUGUACGACGUGAUCGACAAGCAAGACCAGCAGGCGGUGCGAAGCGAGCUGUCUCGUGCGCCAGCGGACGGCGAGGACAGAGUGUUCCUCUGCCGAAUGAAUGUGGCCAGAAACGCGAGGAGGCAGAUGCGAUUUGGUGACCAGAAGGUAGUGCUAGUGCGAGGGCACUUCGUGUCGUACCUGCCGCUGUGCAGCCGCAACGAGCCGGUGUUCCUGGCGGCGUGCACGCCGCUCGCCAUGCCCGAGACGCGCGAGUGCGUCGUGCACGGCGCCACCAACGUCUUCACCACGCUGCACACCAUGGACAUGAAGAUACUGCACAUCGACGCCAAUAGCGAGUGGCACCUGGGCUGGGACAAGAGCUCGCUGCACGGCGUGAGCUGGUACCACCUUCUCCAUCCCGAUUGCUGUAAGGAAGCGCAGAGCAAACAUCGCCUAAUAACCCAGUCGGAGCAAGAGCGGUCUUGCAUAGCGCUACUGCGGCUGCAGCGGAGGUCCGGCCAGUUCCUGUGGGUCCAUGCGGUUCUGCAACUAAAAGACAACCUGGACAAUUCACAACGGCCAGUCAUCGUUUGCACUAACCAAGUUUUAAGUGAACAAGAAGCAACAGUCAUGAAGGCGAAUCCCUGGCUUUACCAUUACUAUGCCGUCCAAUCCAAGCUCCAUUACGGCCUAGCUUACGAGGCUGCGACUAGAAUGUACGGGCCACCGCCGCCUGAUCUCCAAGUGUACCCUCCAGCCAUGCAGUACACGCCGACUCCACCCGUCUGUAUCAACGGGAGCCAAGUCAUGAUGCCGAACCCAGGCCUGCAGCCUCACAUACCACAUGUGACACCGCACUUAACUCCGAUGCACUAUGCGUAUGAAAGAGCGGACAACGGACCUGUGGAUUACUCUGUUCCAUUACAGGAUAACAGAUACCACAAUGUCAGGAUAGAAGAUACUAGAAUUCAAUCAAACGCUAAACGGAAAGGAAAGAAUACCGACGAAAAGCCCAGCACACCUGUUUCUAACAUGUCGCCUCGGUGCACGCCAUCCACAGUCACUUCAGGGGGCGAAACAUUAGUAGCAGUUACGGGGUCAAUAGCUAGCAGAAGACCAGGGUCUAAAAACUUUAAUAUAUCAGAAACUGAAAUGGUCGAUCAGUGGAAUCCAAGUCCAACUUGGUCCGAAUCGGCUCUUCAAAAAGUCCCCGACGUCUGUCACCAGGACUUGAGUCCGUACGUGACAACCACUCCUCCAACUCCUUCUGGCACGCCGUCCGCUUACACGCAAAACUAUAGUCAUACCUUCGUGUUCGACUGGUCGCCAGAGCAAUAUGUUCCUCAUACUAACAAUAGAUGUAACACAGUAACAACCGAAAGUUCCUACCAGCAGCAAACGUGGAACAGAAGUCAGAGACCAUCGUUCGCGACUGCGGACACAGUAGAUGAGAAUUGCAAUCCUAAUAGAAUAAGCUUACAAAUGAGGGUCAGUAAUCCACCGCCAGCGUAUAACGCAACGAGGGAAGGAGAGAUUCUUAGAAGGCAAAUGGAUCGUCCACAUCCUGAUUCGCCGGAUGCCAAGAAGCCUGCUUUAUAACUAAAGUUAAUAUGUUUAAUUUUUCUAAAAUAGUUCAAUAUUAUGUUACCCUAUUCAAAUAAAUUUUAUUUUAUUUAGUUAAAAAGCUCUGGAACUCUCCUGUGAUCUUUAUAGCGUUAAGAUUUUUUGAUGCUAGGCAAACUGUAUAUUAUCGAUUUAAUAUAUGAAACUUGUACAAAUUACUCUCAUUAUGUAAGUAUUAUAAAUUUUUCACAUACAAUGUGAUUAGGUUGUGUAUACGAUGUACAUAUUACUGUUAAAUAAUUUAAUUUUACAUAAGGAUCUUUUAUGUAAAAAAGGAAGCACGAUCCCUGCGAUUAAUAUAUGAAUUUGCCA